UGCACAUCUGCCACCCAUGCCGUGAUCGAAGAAUCCCGUCAGCGCCACCAUGGCGCAGAACAUCUUCUACUGGGUGGGCAAGACACCCGUCGACAAUGCAUGGCGACCUCAACCAGGCCAGAAUCCGACCAAGUACUUCGACAGACUGCCGAAUGCUUUUCAUCGAAUGGAUCUCGCCGCAAUGGUCGUCGACUGUGCACCGUUCAUCGCUGGAGCCGGUGGAGUCGCACAUAUGUCUCAAGCCAUGCAGUUUGGCUUCACGGCUCACGCCUCGAUAUUCCGAAAUGCAAAGACUUUGACGGCUAUACACCGAACAACUCUCCUCCUUACACCUCUGAUCUUCCUCUGUCAGGCGUCUGGAAUUGAGUAUCGAAACUUCAUUCCUCGCUGGGCUCAUGAGCGAGAGUUGCGAAGGGACGAAGAGGAAGUGCGGACGCAUGUCGAUGUCGGAAUGGCGAUUGGAGGUGGACUGUGGACAGCUCGAUUGCUGUUCAGACUUGGUGCACGCUACUGGGCUCCCGUUGAUGUGAUCAUGGGAGGUGCACUGGCGGAUCUUCUCCAGCGAGAGUACUUGAGAGCGCACAGCUUUUAGCAAUGGUGCGAAUCUGAUGUGUUUGAAGCAGAAGGCUUCACUCCUCCAGCGCAAUCGCUCCGCGCUUCU